UAACAGGUUAGACAAAACCAUCAUCAAUAAAACUUUUCAAAUGUACACCCGUUUUGACUUAAUUCAAAUGUGAUGCCUGAUUCAUUCUCAUUUUAUUUCUUUAUUGAAGAUCCAUAAUUUCUAACCCGCAAAGCUGGAAUUUAAUAACGAACGCAUCUCUUCGUCUACCACCAGCAAGCAGGCGGGCGGGUCUCUUUGCUGUUGGCCCCAUUUCGCGCGUUCAUACACACGCGUGACGCAGAAAUCUACACUCUCUUUCUGAUAUUAUUGUUCUGUAGAUAUAGAUAGAGAUCAAUAGAAUUGGGAGGUAAGUUGAAUCUGGAUAUUGAAUUGGCGAUCCGAUGAGCGACUUGGCGGAUUUGAACUACGCGGAGGAGGUUCAUAGCCUGGCGGAGCAAGCUCGGAAGUUGCAGGAAGAUGCUAGCUCUACGAUCUCUGCCAUUGCUAGCGACGAAGAGUCCCUCCGCAAGCGAGCCGCCUCACUGGAUUCUCGAAUCAAAAAACUUUGUAGCUCUAUCCGAUCUCGGAACUUUGAUUCCAAACAAGCUGAAAAAUGGGAAGAGGAACUAAGCAGAGCUAGAGAUUUAUUGAGUGAUGGAGAUGCGGCAACAUAUCUUCCAAGCAAAUCUCAUGGUCGUUUGCUGAGGAUGUUCCUGGGUCCAAUUAAUGUCCGUGCUCAUAGGAAGGAUGUUCAAUUGAAAGUAAAAGAGGAAUACAACAGUUUCAGAGAUCGGACAGCGUAUCUUUUCCUCAUAUUCCCAUCAUUGCUUCUUGGAUUAAGGUCUUGGGUUUGGAAUGGAUGUUUGCCUGCAUUACCUGUUCAACUUUACCAGGCAUGGUUGCUUUUCCUCUAUACAGGUUUGGCCUUGCGGGAGAACAUUCUGAGAGUGAAUGGAAGUGAUAUUCGGCCAUGGUGGAUACGCCACCAUUAUUUUGCUAUGGCCAUGGCACUUAUCAGUCUUACUUGGGAAAUAGAAAGGGAACCAAACUGUUCACAGAAACAGAGGGGAGUGCAACUUUUCCUGCAAUGGGCAAUUAUGCAAGGUGUUGCAAUGCUUCUUCAAAAUAGAUAUCAGCGGCAAAGAUUGUACACACGAAUUGCUCUCGGAAAGGCCAGAAGAAUGGAUGUUGUUUGGGGAGAAACGGCUGGGGUCAAUGGUCAGUUGCUGCUGUUAUUUCCCAUACUAUUUAUUUUGCAGGGGUUUGAAGCGUAUGUUGGGGUCUUGUUGCUCAAAACUGCUGUCACAGGUGUUGUUUCUGAGUGGCAGGUUGUUACAUGUGGGAUCCUCCUAAUAGUUAUGGCAGUUGGGAACUUCAUUAACACAAUGGAAGCCCUUGUCACAAAAUACAGGGUCAAGACAAAGAUGAGGAGUAGCAAAAGCAAGCAAGAUUUAAAUCCAGAAUCUGAUGGUAAGACAUUGUAAGUGGGAAAUUAUCCAAGGAUAUGGAAACCCGGUUGAUGAUGUCAUCGUGCAAUUUCCUGCCUGAAUACAAUGGUUUCCUUCUGAUGUAGUUGUAAAAAACUGUUCAGACUAAAUUAUGAGUGUUUUAAUGAGCAAGAGUUGUGUCCAUCUAAAUUUGUGGGAUAAAUCAGGGCCAUAUCACUUUCGUUCUUUGGACAUCGGUAUGGUUUUGUGUUUUUUUUUCCAACCACAAAUUUAGUAGUGCAGGGUUCACUAUCACGGAGAGAAUCCAUGUCAUUUUGAUAAGUGUUAUUUGGUGGAUGAGAAACAACCAAAUGAUCCCACAAAUAUUUAUUACAAAAAUAUCAUAUCAUCUCAUUUCUAGCAGUCAUAUAAGUUUAUUUAUUGAGAUAAAUUUACUUGAAAUAUGUUAUCUCAUAGUAGGCUUGGAUAUUGUUUGUAUGUCAUCUUUGUAACUUUCUUCUGGAUUGUUGA